UGGAUCCGUAAUCUAGCAAGGUAGCAGCCAAGAUGGAAUUGGCGAGCACGCAUUAAAAGAGAACAACGCAGCUUUCUCCCGUCGUCCUGCUUUUUCUCGUCGGAAGUUGAUGUGCCCCGUUUCCAGACUUCCCAUUCCCAGUUCAUCCACACCACCACCAGCACCCCUGCGUGCCUCUACUAACCCACGACUACUUUCACUUUGUCUCAAUUUACCUCCUCUGUACAUUUCAUACACAUCUCUCAUCAGUCACUACGUUUUAUUGCCUUGUCGCAAACGUGGAAAAAUAAGUAAUUUAUAUUCGAAUUCGAGUUUACCAUAAAGUUAUCGAGUUGAGUUUCUUGAUGAAAUCAUGGCAUAUUCAUUUCUUCAUAAUUGCGAAGGACACAGUUCCUCUAGAUUGAGACACUGUUGGAUCUUGAUCCUUAUCCUCUUCUGUGAUCGUCACUGUGCCCAAGUUGAUCUCACAAUCAAGCCAACGACAUACCAAGAUAAUUCAUUAUUAGUAUCAAAUGGGUCUUUCUUUCCUAAUUCUACCAUCAAUAUGAGUAAGGCACGUCGUAGUGUUGUACCAUCAUCAUCAUCAUUCAAUAGUCAAUCUUCAUCCACAGCUAAUCUGACCCUACUCUUAAUGAAGACGAGCUUUCCCAGGAUGAAUAGCGAAAUUAAGAAAAAUAGCUUUGUUCCUCAUCAAGUGUUCAAUUUAAAUGAUACGAAUCCUAUAAAUUCUUCUUUGCGAUUCUUACACAAUGUUGUGGGAUCAGGAGUCGGAAGCAAACCUGCUGUAAUUUUAACCACCCGCAGUUCUACCACCAUGGCUUCAUCGCCUGUUCAAAUUAAAGACCAACCCGAUGUGAUAUUAAGCAAGUCGAGAACUCUGAGAAAUGUGAGAAGGAACAGGAAACUUAUUCAGAGUGGUGCCAAUACCACGGGCAGCAACGCCUUGUUGAGUUCCGAUGGGAGAAAAAUCCUUACGAUUCUUGGACUCUUUGAAUUCAACUACAUCACGAAGACUCCGCUGGGGCUGAGGAGGAGAGACAAUGGUGAAAGUGAACGAGCUGCUGCUCAAAUGGCGUUGGACGAUGUGAACGGAAAUGACAAGAUAUUAUCGGGCUAUAAACUUGUACAAAUUACGAAUGACACCCAGUGUGAUCCUGGCACUGGAGUUGAUGCAUUUUUUCACGCCUUAUACAGCCAAAAAAACAGCACUAAAAUAAUAGCUCUACUUGGAACAGCAUGCGAUGAAGUAACGGAAAGGGUCUCAAAAGUCGCCACUCACCAAAGAAUUGUUCAGGUCUCAUUUGGGUCCACAUCUCCUUCAUUAUCGGAUCGUUCCGAGUUUCCUUUUUUCUACAGAACGGUCGCCCCCGUCUCCUCCCAUUCCGAGGCGAUAAUAGAACUCAUCUCCCAUUUCAACUGGGACACGGUCUCCUUCUUCACUGAGAAUGAGAAUCGAUACUCCAUGCCCGUAAACCACCAUCUUAUGAAAGACAUGGAGGAAAAGGGGAACAUUACGUGCAAAGCAACACUGACUUUCUCGCUCUCUGAUUUGCAGGAUCAGUUGGAUGUUUUGAAUGAGUCUGAUUCCCGGAUAAUUAUCGCAAGUUUUGGAAUUGACAUUGCUCCAAAGGUGUUUUGUGAGGUCUUCAAGAGAAAUAUGUUUGGGCCGGAUUUUGCUUGGAUAUGGAUCGGGAAACCUGAGACGAUUUGGUGGAAAGAUGACACCACCACUUUCUCCAGGUUUGACUUCCCGUCAUCCUUUUCCUCCUCAAGAUCAAGACGGUUACGCACUCGUGAUGGAAAUCCAUCGCAUGUCGAAACACAAACGCGUCAUGCCUACAACAUCAAUAAUAAUAUCGAUAACGAUACUAAUUACUCCCCCUCCUCCGAUUCUGAGGUUAAUGGCAAGACUGGAGCAAAUCAAUAUAAUUUGAGCAGACUUAGGACGAAGGGAGUUCAUGGGAGCAGAGGGGACCGAGAGGAAGGCCGUUCAACGAGGAAACCUUCAAUUAAAUCAGAGCUCGAGUGCAGUCUAAAAGAAUUAACGAUCGCGAUUGAAAACACAUUGGUGGUGGAUCGAUUUAAUAUUUUGGAUAAUGCAAGACUAUCAGAUUUCGGAUUGACGACAGAGUCAUUUGGGACGAGGCUGAGGGAGAGGAUGCAAAUGGAGAAACGUCUUUUGAUGAAUCCCGUCAGUAUGGACAAAGAUUCCAUAAAUAAGACUUCAAUUAGCACCCUUUUAACAACGUCCUUUGCACCUGAGAGUUAUGACGCGAUUUGGGCCAUCGCGAUGGGUCUUGAAAAGCUCGUCGAGAAGCAUAAUUACUCUCUGGAAAAGUUUAAUUACAUGGAUAAUCACUUUUCUAACUUGUUGAACGAUGAGAUUGGAAAACUCAAGUUUACAGGAAUAUCGGGACCAAUAACUUUCUCCGGUUCUGAUCGAAUAGGAAUUACCUCGUUUAUGCAAGUUCAAGGCGGAAAUUUGCGCCAAGUCGGCUUGUUUCAUCCAGACAGAGAAGAGAACAAACUGGAGUUGUGUUCGAACGACUUUCAUCCCUUGUCCCAAUGCUGGACCAUCAAAUGGCCUGGGAACCAAGUCCCCAUAUCCAGGAGGGAGUUUCGCACAAAGCUAAUUCGUGUGGAGCAUUCUUUAUACCUAAUUGUGGCUGCCGUGGCCUUUCUCGGCAUCCUUUUGGCCUCUGCAUUCCUGGCCUUCAACCUGUACUACAGGAAACUCAAGUACAUUAAACUUUCCAGCCCCCGUCUCAACAAUAUGGUUAUCAUCGGGUGCAUGUUUGCUUACUUUGCUGUGAUUAUUCUGGGCUCAGAUUUUGGUCCUAGCAUCGGGUCAAAUGAGAUUCGGUUUUCCUACAUAUGCACAAUAAGGGCUUAUCUUCUAUCGACUGCAUUCUCCCUAGCGUUUGGAGCAAUGUUUGUCAAAACAUAUCGUGUUCAUCGUAUCUUUACGAGAAGUUGCAUUGGAGUUGUGAAAAAUAAGAUGUUGAAAGAUACGCAACUGAUAUUACUGGUGAUGCUACUUUUACUCAUUGAUGUUAUCAUCGUCACAUCCUGGGCGGUGGUUGAUCCAAUGCAUCGUCAUUUACAAAAUCUCACGCUACAAAAAGACGUAUCUGAUCGGUCGGUUGUGUACCAGCCUCAGAUCGAGGUGUGCAGAUCUCAACACGGUCAUAUCUGGCUGAGUGCUAUGUACGCGUAUAAAGCUUUGCUUCUAGUCGUUGGGAUCUACAUGUCUUGGGAAACCAGACACGUCAAGAUCCACGUUCUUAAUGACUCCAAGAACAUUGCGUACUGCGUUUACAUCGUGGUCCUUACAUCAGUGUUGGCCGUGUCCUUGGCAAAUCUCGUCUCAGAACGGGUAACGCUUUCCUUUGUAAGUGUCACGUCACUUAUUCUCACUUCAACCACGGUGACCCUCUGCCUCCUUUUCCUUCCAAAGAUCCACGCCAUAAAAACAGGAGGUCAUAAAGGAGAUCCUGUGGUGGAAAGUAUGGGGCUCAAAAUUGAGUUCAACACGCGCAGAUUGGUGGUUGAAGACGCUAAGGAGCUCAUGUUCCGUGCAGAGGUUCAGAAUCGAGUGUACAAACGACAAAUCGAAGCCAUUGAUGUUGAGAUUUGGAGACUGGAGAACCUUUUGCUGUGCUCGAGCCAUUCCUCGGUCGCCUCUUUGGACAACAACACCAACAAAUCGGGCAAGGAACUACCAAGGGACUCAAAAGACUCGGUUUCUGCUGAUCGUGCUGAAGAUAUGGAUUCGUCAGAAGAAACAAGCGAGAUCUACACGGUCCUUCUUCACGGCCCCAGAUUCAUCGUUCCCAUUUCCGUCCUUAACUUUCAAAACCCAAACGCCACUCUAGAUCCGAGUAGUUGGAGCAGUAAAAGCAAAAUCAGAGAAAGUGGAGCCACCUUGCAACCCCCACCACCACCGCCUCGAUCCAGUUGGCCAAACGUUCGCUCUCUAUUAGCUUCCAGUGGAAAUGGGCUUAUCACAAAAAUCAGGUUCAAAUCGGAACCCAAAUUGCUUAUUGAUGAACCCCCGUGCCGUGUUACGAAGACGUGCGAGAUGAUGGAAACUGGUGGACAUGUAAACAUAAAUAUAAAUCCAGAACUGCUGCUUUCACCUCGAGUAACUUUUGGGGGGAGCGACGACAGCUUUGGCAUUGGAGAUGAUUCGGGAAAGUCUAAUAUUUCCAUAUCCAAGGGCAAGGGUUCCAGUAGGAAAAGUAGUAAUACUAGCGCUGGAUUUAGCGGUUCUGGGGGCACCAACAAAAAGUCUUUCCUGACCUUAUUGAAACAACCGUUUGUGUAUUUCUCUGGGAUGGUUAGAUCCGGGGCUUGCAGUGCAAGUCCUAUUUUAACCAAGAAGCAGAAAAAUGGAGACCAUUUUAGAGAUGAAACGGGGGGAAGCGAUGAUGAAGACGAACCUCAAGUUUUUCAAUUACAUGUUCCAAGAGAUUCUAUAAGAAAAAAGUUUAAUUCGGUGCCAGAUCUUUGGGCCGUGAGAACCUCUCCCAUUUUGCACCAUUAUCCAAAAAAGACAUCGAUUAUAUCCGAUUCCGUGAUGGAUAAUUCUAAUCUAAGGUAUAUUAUGGAGGCUAAUCAGCCAUGGAAUAAGUUGUCCAGUUCAAGUCCCGUGUUAAAAUUGACGGUCACAAGUGAUGCAUCUCCAUAUCUUUAACUUAAUUAUUAUAUUGACUUAAUUGCUUUUGUUUUCUAGUUUAUGAAUAUGUGCACAUGCCCAUAAUAAUUUUAAUCUAACUCUUUCCCACGAACGAAUAAAUUGAUUAUACAAUUAAA